UUCUCUCCACGAUCCUCUGGUUGUCGUCUAAAGAAGAUGAGCAAGAUUGCAGGCCUCCUACGGCGAACCUUUGGAGUAGUUCGUCAACACGUCGGGACAGAUCAUUUGGGGAAUACAUAUUACUUUAUCCCCGAACAGAAGUCGUGGACAGGAUUCACAGCCAGCCUCACAAAUGAGUUGUGCUCAGACAGGUGAGAUGGCUCAUGAAUAUUUAUGACGUGGGAUUUCAUUCCUCCCCGCCGCUGGAACCUCCCCCUCCUCUCCAAGGCGGUGCUGCGUAUGUCCUUCACGGUAAAGAGGCAGCGUCCUCGCUCCUGUCCCUCAGGUUAAUCUGCCUUGCUCUCUAGCCAGUUGUGUGCUGGUGUGCGUACAGGUGUGUAUUUGCCUAGUAAAUAGGCUUCCCCCUAGUGAGUGAUGAGAAGGCAGACGUGUCACAAGGGGGCCCGCUGAGAUUGUGAGCUCCUUACACCCUUCUGUGUCUCUCGCUCAAGGUAGGGAAGGAACUGUGGAGCAGACAGAUAGAUUACAUGCUGCUGGCUGGAAGAGCCAGCCAUAAGUUAUUCUACCAUCAAAUAAUGCAAUAUGAAUAUUUAGAUAUUAAGAUUUAUUUAUUUUAUAGAUUUAGAAUUUUUUUAAUGUAUUUUGUAACUUUUUGACAGAUAAAUAAUUUAAGAUAAAAAAAGAUAAAGAAGUACAACUGACUAAAGUUUUAAAUCUAUCAGAUUGGACGCAGCUUCUUUUAAAUGACAUUUGAAUUAUGCUUUGAAAAGAUCUGUUAAACUAUGGUAUAUUUUCAAUCAUAAAUGGGUGGAAAGCUUUUUGACCUCCAGUAUUGGUAGGUGCAGUGCCUGGCAGAAGUAUUUCCACCCUUUUAACUUUUUCACUUUAAAAUCGUGAACUUCUGUGUAUUUUAUUGGGAUUUAAUGUGGUAGACCAACACAAAGUAGUUCAUAAUUGUCAAGAUGGAAGAAAGUGCUACAUGGUUUAGAAAAAUUGGAAUACAAACAAUAACAAUUAGAAAAGGAUGCUGUGUAUUUGUCUUCAGCCCCCAUUUGUUGCAAUUACAACUGCAAGUCUUUUCAGGCAUGCUAUCAGCUUUGCCAAUCUAGAAACAAAAAGUCUUGCACAUUCUUCUUUGCGAAAUAUCUGAAAGUCAGUCAGAUUGAAUGGUGAGCAUUUGCUGUGGUGCCCUGUAUUUAGCUCCGCCUAACUUCCAUGAAACUCUGCUCAGCUUCCCCACAGCAUGAUGCUUCCUCCACCAUGUUUUAUUGUUUUUGAGUUGUGUGCAGUGUUAGUAUUCAGCCACACAUAGCGUUUCGCAUGUAGGCCGAAAAGUUUAUCAUUGGUCUAAUCUGAUCAGAGCACCUUGUUCCACAUCUAUGCUGUUUUCCCCGCGCAGCUUGUGGAUACCUUCUGACAGCCUCUUCUGUUUUUCUGUCAGCUAUAUUUUUUCUUUUGGCUACUAUUCCAUAAAGCCCAGAUUAUCCCACCUGGGCAGUGGAUCUCUGGAGCUCCUCCAGAGUUGCCAUGAGUGUCUUGCCCGUUUCUCUGAUUACCUGGCCGUUGAGUUUAGAAGGACAGCCAUGUCCUGGUAGGUUUGCAGUUGUGUCAUACUUUCUCUGUUUUCAGUUGCUGGUUGAGGUUUCCAAACGACCCAAUAUUGUUUUAGAAACCCAACUCUGCUUUAUAUUUCUCCACAACUUUCUCCCCAACCCGUGUGGUGUGUUCUUCUCGAUGCCGUUUGUUCACCUCUGAGGCUGGUGAACAGCUGGAUUUACACUAAUAUUCAAGGUGAACUCUACCUAGGAGAUUUCUAAAGUCACUUUGAUACCACUAACCAAAAUCUAGUGAAACAGAGUAAAGGGGGCUGAAUACAAAUACACACUACAGUAAACUUUGACAACCAUAUGUCCUAUCCGUGUUCUCCUCAGUAGCGCCCUACUUUGUGUUGGUUUGUCACAUGAACAUGUUUUGGAUCCUCCCAUCACAAACAUGCUGGGAGGAUCCAAAACGUCCGUACAAUCAUUAUUUGUCAUUAAAAUCCAGGGAUAAAACAUGCACUGGAAGUGAGGUUUGGUGAUGCUGCAGAAUCAUGGAGUAGAAGUCUGUUGGCGUUUAACAGGGAGCGGGAGAGGUAGGGCUUGCAACGCAGAGGAGACCGACAAAGGGAGGCAUAUCCGUGCCAAGCGGAUGGUGGAGGCAGCCAAUCCUGCAGAGCAUGAAUAUAUGGAGGGCAGCAUUCCGAUGGAGUGGGAAGCUUGGAUCCGAGGCAGACGGAAGGAGCCUCCCUCCAUCGAGGAGCUGAUGGUGAAUGAGUCCCAGAGGGAGCAGAUCAAGCUGAAGGCCAUGGAGGUGGAGGAGAAAGAUCUGGCCCUACAGGCUAAAGAGUACAACGAAGGUCUGGUGGCAACUCCUGCAAGGACUGUGGCCAAGGGCCAUGCAGCUGCCACCGUCUUUGGCAAGGAGGAGUUCAGUGAGGAGCCAAGCAGCACUGCAAACAAGUUCCAGCCCGGUUCUUGGAUGCCCACCUCAAAGAAAUAGGUCGAGAACUCCGCAGAGACAGAGACAUGCAGUGCAAUGCAAUAUACAGUCUACAAAGCCUUAGGAACAAGAAAUAUUUGUGAAUACUUAGUUUAGGAUUGACACCAAAAACUCUUCUCGGUACAAAGCAAUCCACAUAAAAAUAUAAUUAACUCUUUUCUUCAGGAAAUUAGAGACUUUAACUAAAUAUGCAGUGAUGUGUAAGAAAACCUGAAAUAAAUUGAUGUGAUUUUCCUUUAAA